AAAAUGUUAAACAUGGUUUAAGGGUGAUUAACUGCCACUAGUGUAUUUAACAUUGCUGAUGUCUCCUAAAACCCUAAUCAAUUCGAAACUCGAAAGAAAGAAAGUUCGAAAAAUGGCGAAGAGAAAAAGGAGAGAAAUUGAAGAAGAAAUCAACAAGGAAGCACAAAAUGAUGUAUCAAUUGCAAACGGAGAUUCUGAGUAUCACAAGAAUCAGCCAAAAAAAGGAGCAGCAGCAUAGAGCAAAAAAGAAACAACGGAAAAAUAAAAACGACGCUGUAUCGUCAGAAAAUGAAUGCCCCCCUUGGGCAUUGCUGUUCCAGGGUCCAUUAUCUUUAACACCCAGUCCUUUGAAAUCGCGACCCGGGUACUUUCUAUUUGCCCCAUACCUGUGAAAAAUGUAUUUUUUAAGAAAUGGUGUGUAUAUAUUGGUGUAUAUUUUGUUGAUUGGUCUAUAUGUGAAGAUGAUGAAACUUUGAAUCAAUUAAUGGAAAGGUUUUGGCUUUUCUGUUGUAGUAGAAAACCAAAGGUGUCUUUUUUCCAAUUGCUCAUGCUGCCCACCAUUUUUCGAGUUGAUGAGAUUUCUUUUACUAUGGCUGUUUCUUUCAAUAUGAGUUUAUUAGUGGAAAGGACUAAUCUUUAUUGGUUUUGUUACUCUUCUGCUAUCAAUCUUAAUAUGGGUGAUUCGAGGACACAGAUUUACGUGGAUCUGCCUGGAAAUUUUGUGCUUUCAGCUGCCCUAAUCAUCAAGGUUCCACCAGCCCAUGGAACUUAUAGAAAGGAAGCUUUGAAGAGGGAAAAAGAAAUUGUAGGUAUGUUUUUGUGCUUGUUUACACAGAUUGUUGUAUUUGACAAGAGUACAUUAGAGGAUGAUUCAAUUGAUGUGGUUGAAAAUAAUUCGGAUGAGUAUGAGACUGGUGCUGCUUUUCUUAUCAGAAUAUUGAGGUAUCUCGAGAAACCACAGUAUCUCAGGAAGGGUCUUUUCCCCAAGCAUAGGUUUAAGAUUUGUGGUGCGUAUCUAGUAUUUCUUUGUGGUAUUGAUAUUACUCUAGCUUUAAUUACACUCUAUCUGGGAGUCCAUUCAUUUGAUAGCUUUGCAAUAUCAACUGAAUGUAUUACACUGAAAAAUCAAGAUCAAGGUUCUGUGGGGACCCUUCUUGAUGUGGGUCUUGGCAUGUUUCGAUUCAGGCAGAAUAAAAUUUUUCACGUUUCUGAUUUACAGGGGAAAAAUGUGUGCGAGUCUUUCGACUUAUAUUUGAGCACAUGCCCUUGUCAAGGAAAUAGAACAUUCGGACAGAGGUAAUUUGUGCAGUUUUUUCUCAUCUUAAUUCAUCAAACGGGGAACAUUCUCUCCCAAUAAGUACAUCCGCAAAGAAUUUACGUCUGCAAACAGGGAGCAAUCCUAAUAUCUCCAGUAUUUUCAAAAGCCAAUCAACUGUGUUUCACGCAAAUACGAGCAUAGCUUAAUUGCUCGACCCCGUUGAAAAAAAGAAGUUGGUAACUUGAGAUAUUUGCAAAAACGCCAAGAAGGUGAGAUCCUGUCACGAACGCAUUGAACCUUGAAGAACAUGUAUUGACUAGAAAAUUAUCCAUUGCCUUGUGUACGUCUCAUGGGAAAGAUUCGACAUUAUUAAAGUAGAAAUUGUACUAGGCCAGACUAAUACAUAAUGUACAAUAUCAUCAUAUAUUAAAAUGUCAACGGGUAUAAAUAUUAGAAUUACGUAACUUUAAUAAUU